ACCUUCCCUACUAUAGGGAAGUAGGAGCAGGGAGGAGUUACGAGAUGACACUUUGCUGAAGUCAGAGUUCAAUUGAGAGCAGGAAACUGCACACGGUAACAAGCACGUUCCUGCUCGCGAAGAUAGCAACACUGUUGCAGCCUGCACAGAGUCCACCUUUCAUAAAGAAAUAGAAGGCACAAGCAAACUCAAAAAUGGCGUCCUCUAGCAGUUUCCUGUCUGAAGAUCAGUUCCAGUGCUCCAUCUGUCUGGAUGUGUUCACUGAGCCAGUCUCCAUUCCAUGUGGACACAACUUCUGCAAGGCCUGUAUUAGUGGAUACUGGGAUACCACUGGCCGGAGCCAUUGUCCACUGUGUAAGCAUACUUUCUACAAAAGACCAGAGUUAAAGACCAACACAACACUGAGAAAUGUUGCAGAUCAUUUCAAAAGAAUGAGUGACAGAGACAGAGAUUUGUCCCCUGCCGAGCCCGGAGAAGUGGCCUGUGAUCUCUGCACUGGGAGAAAGCUUAAAGCCCUGAAGUCCUGCCUGGAGUGUCUGACCUCUUACUGUGAGAUUCACUUGCAGCCUCAUCAGAGAGUUGCAGGUCUGAAAAGACACAAGCUGAUCGACCCUGUGGAGAACCUGGAAGACAGGUUGUGUAAGAAGCACGACAGACUCCUGGAGCUGUUCUGUAGGACUGACCAAACGUGCGUGUGUCAGUUCUGCACUGAGACAGACCACAAGACUCACCACACCGUGCCUCUAGAGGAAGAGUUUGGAAAGAAGAAGGCUCAACUGCGGAACUCCAUAGCCCAAAUGCGGCAGAUGAUCCAUGACCGCUGGCAGAAGGUUAGGGAGAUCAAAGACUCUGUAGAGCUCAGCAAGACAGUUGCAGAGAGAGAGAAAGAAGACAGUGUGAAAGUCUUCAAUGCUCUGGUGCGUUCCAUUGAGAGAAGCCAGGCUGAGCUCAUUGUGGAGAUUGAGGAGAAGCAGAAAGCCGAAGACAGGCGGGCUAAAGGGCUGAUUAACGAGCUGGAGCAAGAAAUUACCGAGCUUAAGAGAAGACGCACCGAGCUGGAGCAGCUCUCACACACCGAGGACCACCUCCACCUCCUCCAGAGUUCCCCAUCCCUGUGCACCCCCACAUUCACCAAGGACUGGUCUGAGAUCAGUGUUCACUACUACCUACAUGUGAAGAAUGUGAGGAGAGUUGUGUCUCAACUAGAGGAGGCACUUCAUAAUGAGAUCGAGAAGUUGCCUGACAUCAAGCUGAAGAGGAUACAGCAGUACGCAGUGGAUGUGACUCUGGACCCUGAUACAGCAUUUCCGUACCUCAACGUGUCUGAGGACGGAAAACAAGUGACACUGGGAGACGUACUAAAGAAACUUCCUAACAACCCUGAGAGGUUUGAUUAUAAUCCCUCUAUCCUGGGAAAGAAUGAAUUCUCCUCUGGGAGAUUCUACUAUGAGGUGCAGGUAGAGGGGAAGACUUGGUGGAGGUUAGGGGUGGCUAGAAAGUCCACCAACAGGAAGGGCUGGCUUCCACUGACCCCUGAGAAUGGAUUCUGGACUCUGGGUCUGAAGAGUGGGUACCACCGGCAUUGGUAUUGUGCAAACAUGUACGAUAACCUCUUCUACCUGCCCUUCUUCUCCGGCAAGCCCCCGACACCCCAAAAAGUGGGGGUGUUUGUGGAUUAUGAGGAGGGUCUAGUCUCCUUUUAUGAUGUAAAGGCCAGAUCUCACAUCCACUCUUUCACUAGCUGCAACUUCACCGAGAACCUCUAUACAUACUUCAACUCGGGUGGUAAUGCUGGUGGUAAAAACACUGCCUCAUUGGUCAUCUCUACUGUCAAUCACACAGAAUAAAUAGUGAUCCAAUAAGGUCACAGCGCUUAUAGUGUCAUAUGUAUUCAUAAUGCUGUCAGUCAGAGAUGUGACCGUAUAACCUAAUGAUGAUUUGGUCAUUUGUCAGACUGUGUUAUUCAAUUAGGCACUUGAAAGAAAACAUACAUACAUUAAUGGAAUUGUAAAAUGUGUUGAUGGGAGUAAUGUCUUUGAUAUAAUAUGAUGUAGUUGCAUGUAAUGGUGUGUUAAAUUGUAGAGGUGUGUCUAAGUGUUUGUAACAUACUGAAAGUACAGAGGAGUUGUAAUUUACUUUCACCUUAUCUUUUACAUCAGAUGUUUCUGAUGUGUUUUAACCUGAUCAUUUUGGUUAUUUGAUCAUUUUUCCUUUUUUCUAUCAAGUGUGGUGAGACCAUGUGUGAAAUACAUUUUAGAAUAA